UAGAUGUAGAAAACCUGUCAGGUGCAAAAAAGAAUAGAAUGAAUUUUUUUGUAAGGUUUGUCAAUAAUUUGUGCUUUUAGCUGAAAAGUGCAGUUUUUUACCAAAUUUUAUUAAAUAAACACCAUGAAGAUGGCAGAUACACCGGCAAUAUUACGUAGAAACAGACCCGGAACAAAAGCAAAGGAUUUCUGUCGUUGGCCUGAUGAAGCUUUUGAAGAAAUGGACAGUACAUUAGCUGUUCAGCAAUAUAUUCAGCAACUUAUUCGGAAAGAUCCUGCCAAUAUAGAUCUUAUUCUAAAAAUGCCUGAUGCCCAAGAUGAAGGUGUGUGGAAGUAUGAACACUUGAGGCAGUUCUGCAUGGAAUUGAAUGGUUUAGCAGUAAGGUUACAAAAUGAAUGUCACCCUCAAACAUGCACUCAAAUGACUGCAACAGAACAAUGGAUAUUUUUAUGUGCUGCUCAUAAGACACCUAAAGAAUGUCCAGCUAUUGAUUAUACAAGACAUACCUUGGAUGGUGCUGCAUGUUUAUUAAAUAGUAAUAAAUACUUUCCCAGUAGAGUUAGUAUUAAAGAAUCAUCGGUGGCAAAAUUAGGCUCAGUGUGUAGAAGAGUAUAUCGAAUAUUUUCUCAUGCUUAUUUUCAUCACCGGAACAUUUUUGAUGAAUUUGAAAAUGAGACGUUUUUGUGUCGUCGUUUUACUCAAUUUGUGAUUAAAUACAAUUUAAUGUCAAAAGACAAUUUAAUUGUUCCUAUUAUGGAAGAUGAUGGUACUCCUGGUGAAUCAGAAGCAUAAAAAGAGUGAUAAGACCUUUUUUCGAACUUGAAUUUCUAUGUUGGAUAUAAUACUGUAAACAUAAUUGAUAUUAUGAAGUUUUUGAGGUAAUAGAAUCUCAUUUCAAAUAUCCAACAUUAUUAAUAUCUUUAUCAUCAUGAAAGUCAGAAUUACUGACAACACUGAUAACUAUAUUUUUAAUUUUUAACUGUCUUAAAUAUGCAAGCAAUGUAUUGUUAUUUAAAUUACAAUCUAAAUAAGUAUUAAUGCAAACAAUAUGUGUGAUGUAGGUGGAAAAGAUUAACACGUUUCUGCUAACUGGAACUUAUUGAUGGUCUACUUUUAAUAUCAGUGUUUACUACAAUUCAGUUUUUAUUUUUGUUUAUGUAAUGUAUAUUAUAACGUAUACCAUUUAUUAGAGCUAUAAAAUAAAGGAUUUAUAUGUAACAAGGUAUUUAAUUUGUUAAUCUUUUUCAGUAAAGUUUGUAAAUACAUAAAUUGUAUGUAUAAGUUAUACCAUGUUAAUGAAGUAGAUUGUACUCAUUCUCUUAAUAAAAGAUUUCUUUCAUAAUAUACCCAA